AUGAUGGUUGAGCUUAGUGAUACGCAAGCCUUACAAGAAGAAACAGCUUCAGCUGUCGCACCUUUGCUACAGGAUAGACAGGAGCUUUUUCAUUUUAACAAGCAUCAUAACUAUCUAAAGAAAAUGUUAGAACCGCUUCCUAGCUUUUUCUCCGUUUUGGAUGCCUCUAAGGCCUGGAUGGUUUAUUGGGAGCUUAAUUCUUUAGCUGUUAUGAAUAGAUUAGACAUGUCUACUAAAACAAGAGCAAUUAGUACUCUUCGUCAAUUACGAGGUAAAAACGGUGGUUUUUGUGGUGGAAACGGUCAAGAAGAACAUGUAUUGAGUACCUAUGCAGCUGUUCUAAGUAUCUGUAUAUGUGAUUGUGACGAAGCUUUUGCUCUUAUCGAUAAAGCGAAGUUAGUACAGUGGCUUUACUCUUUAAAAAACGCUGACGGAUCUUUUCGCGUGAAUCACGAAGGCGAGUCUGAUGCUCGUUCAGCUUAUGCAGUUGUUUGCGUUGCUUCCCUUUUGGGAUUUUCUAAUGACCACGAUCUAUUUAACGGCACCUUAGAAUGGCUUUGUAAAUGCCAAACAUACGAAGGUGGAUUAGCGGGUGUUCCUAAUGCUGAAGCACAUGGUGGAUACACUUUCUGUGCUUUAGCAGCCAUAGCUUUAUUACAAGGAAUCCAGAAGUUAGAUAUCCCAAGUCUCGUAAAAUGGCUAGUACAAAGACAGGAUUCUGCUCUUUAUGGGUUUUCUGGAAGAACGAACAAACUUGUCGAUGGCUGCUAUAGUUGGUGGGUAGGUGGAAGCCACCUUAUAUUAGCUUCCGGAUUUGGUAACAGAUCUGAAAAUGUAACACAUGCCUUAUUUUACAAUUCACGAAAACUUAUGAAAUACAUUCUUCAAUGCUGUCAAGCAAAGUCUGGUGGAUUACGCGAUAAGCCUCCUAAACGACCUGAUCAAUACCAUACUUGCUACUGUCUAUUAGGAUUGUCUUCAAUAGCUUAUGACUAUAAAAUACAAGAUAAUGAUUGGUUGAUUGAACCUUCUUCUCUACAUUCGACUCUGAAUUUUUUGUUACCAACUCAUCCAAUUUUUUGUAUACCUUUGGGUUUGGAAAAAAAGAUGUUAUCUUACUUUAAAGAUAUUUAA